UGAAAGUUGAUUGGACCAGAAAGCGCCAGCGUCUCCCAACAGCAAGACUUAUAAGCCCAGAGCCAAAGAAGCAUCUGAAAGAUAUCCUUCAGAUUGGUGACUGCAUACAAACUAAAAGUGUCCGGGUGUUUCUGCAGAGAACCAGAGUUUAAAGAUGAGGUCAUUCGCUGUCCUGAUGGCUCUGCUCAGCGUGUGUCUGGCUGCUCCUGUGGAGCAGGUGCCUGUGAUGCCUGAGGUGGAGCAGGUUCUUCUGAUGCCUGAGGAACAUGAGAGAGUCACUCCAAUUGGUCCACCACAGGCCCAGGCCAGUAACACCAUUCGGACCAUCUACUACCCAGUGCCCCGCCCAGAGACUGCACUCAGUCCAACCAAUCCUUACUACAACUACCCGUUCAACUACCCCAACCCCAACGCCAACCCCUACAACCUCUACCCUUCAUACCCUUACCCCUCUUACCCCUCCUCCCCCUACACCAACCCCUUCCUCAGUGCAUACACCCUACCCCCCAUCGUCAUCAGCCUUCCCAAACUCAAUUGAGCAUGCUCUGAAUGGGGGGGGGGGGGGGACAUUUCCCUGUCUGUAUAGAGUGAGGUAUUUUGCUCUGAUAGUCAUAAAUAAAGUUGAAGACAACAAUGAUGUUGAUGUACAGUUUUAAUGUAGUUGACU